GUUGUGCAGGAGAAAGAGAGAGAGAGAAAAAGAUAGAGAGAGAGAGAGAGUCUGGUGUGACAUUUCGCCGUGCACUCCGUUGUUUGUGUUGCUUCGUGUGUGAUUGAGUGUGCGUGCGUGUGUGUGUAUGUGCAGGAGCAGAGGUCAGGGCGGCAGCAGGUCGCACUUCGUGUUAAGGAGCAACAGGAAACCUGUUGAAAGUUUUAGAUGAUCGAGAGUGCUCAGGGUAGAUCACCGGCUAUCCCGGGUCAUGCUGGGAGUUUUCGCGGGAUGAGAGGAACCACCAGGGGCCGCGCGCACUGGGGAUAUCCAGGACGCCGGUAGUGCGCAUCCACUGGGAGCGGCGGUCAGUGGGGUGGGUAGCUGGCGUGCGGACGGACCGACGGACAAACGGGCUCACUGUGGGGUCGCCACCCACCAUCCCACCUACCCCCUCCCUGCUGAUGACAAAGCGGGUGACCCGACCGAUGAACAAAUCGGGACGAGGUUUAUCGCCCCGAGAGCCACGAUGAUCUCGGCGUUUUUCCCCCUGAAGAAACUGCGGCGCAAUGGCAAGUACCUUCUUUUUGGGGCGAUUCUGUUGGUCGGAGCUGUGGCCGUCUACCAUGAGAUGGUCGCUGCAAAAGCAUGGAACGGCGAAACGGGUAUGAAUCCUGACGCUGACAGCGGCAGCUGGAGGAGAGCCAUGUUUGAAGAGCAGGUCAGAGGGGACCAUCAGCCAAACUACGUGGAGGAUCCAGCUGCUUUCAGCUUCAGCUAUACUCCGCAAACCUGGAAGCCAGAGUACAAGGGACAGGCCAAUCUGCACGUGUUUGAGGACUGGUGUGGAAGUUCUACAGCAGAGCUCCGCAAGAACCUGCACUACCCGCUGUAUCCUCAUUCCAGGACUACAGUACAGAAGCUGGCCGUCUCUCCUCAGUGGACCAACUAUGGCCUUAGGAUAUUUGGUUAUUUGCAUCCAUAUACUGAUGGAGAGUUUGUGUUCGCUUUGAGCUCUGAUGACAACUCUGAGUUCUGGCUUAGCACUGAUGACUCGCCCCUCAACUUGCAGCUGCUGGCGUGGGUUGGAAAGACCGGCAAAGAAUGGACUGCCCCAGGCGAGUUUGAGAAGUAUGCUGGUCAGACCUCCAGACCAGUUAGGCUUUCUGCUCAGAGGAGGUACUUUUUCGAAGUCAUCCACAAGCAGGACCACAAAGGGACUGACCAUGUGGAGGUGGCAUGGCAGCUCCUGGACCAAGACUUCAGGUUCAUGAUUAUUGAAUCCAAGCACAUCUCCCUCUAUGUUAAUGAGUCUGCCUUUUUAAUGAGCGAUGUAGCCCACAUACCACAGACGGCUGCGAGCCACCAACACACCCCCACAAAACAGCACAAUGCUGCAGCAGACAUGCUGAGGGAAGACCCGCGAGACACGCUACACCAAGUGCCUUUGAUAAACAGCAAGUUCCUACAAGGUGUCCUGCCUGACUGCUCGUACAAACCCAGCUACACAAUCAAGGACUUUCCUUUGCUUCGCUACCAAGGACUGCAGUUUGUUCACAUGUCCUACAUCUACCCCAAUGACUACACCCGACUGACACACAUGGAGUCAGAGAACACCUGUUUCUACUCUGAGAGCCCCUACUACAUGAAGAUGUUUGGUUUCUAUAGAUACAUGAGACUAGACCGUCCUGGUAUGCAGGAAAACAGAGACACGGACAGAGAUUUGGGGUUCCAGAGGAGGAAAUCAGUCAUAGAUGAGGAGGAUGAGUUUGAUAAUGAAGCCUAUCAAAGAGAAAAGGAAACCAGGCCGGACCAGAUAGACAACAAUCUUUUUCCAGACUACGGAGAUGAUUAUGAUGAUUAUGCUAAGAAUCGCAGGCGCAAACUCUUCUCCUUACUCGGGGAAGAAACAAAUAACUCACUGAACUCUUAUGACACAAGACUGAAUGUGGAUAAAUUGCACAGGAGGCAAGAGAAAGACAACGCCUCACAGCCUCUGCAGUUGAAGCCAAUGCAAAUCUCAAAUCAUCACUUGCGACAAAACCAGACAGAGUUAAAACUAGAAAGCCCAGUAAAAAAAGUAGAACAGAUAAAACCAAAAGGAAAGAGACCAGCAAAGAGACAAAAGGUAAGAUCAGCGAAGGCAAAUGUGAGACCAAGAGACCGAGAGGAGCUUAAAGUAAAGGAACGACCAGCAGUCCCGUCAGAGCAGCUCAAAGUCAAACAGCAUCAGAUCCAGAGGUCUCGUAAAAUGAAUCAAACCCAAAUCCAGAGACUCAAAGACUCAAAGAUUCAAUUCUUAGAGAGGAAUGCUCCUUUGGCUUUGAAUCCCACCGUGGCCAAGCAACAGAGGACUGUAACAAGAGCAGUGGAGCUCCAGCAAGCUGCUAACAAGCGUUUUACCACUCCCAGAAGAGACAUCAACCGUCCUUUAGUAAGGUUAAAUCAAAGGGACACAGAUACCAGAGAACGCCUCAGGGAUAAGGAGAUAGAGAUGAAUAUGCCCCUAAGGCAGGAUUUAGAAAACAGCAUCCACAGAGGUAAGAUGAUCACCAGAGACAAGAUGGAUAAAAAGUGGUUGGAUCCGGUAAGAGAGGAGGACCAAGUGGGGAACAGAGACGAGGUUCGCAACAAGGCCAAGAACACUAGAGACACCAGGGAGGGUGAGAGAGACUCCCUAUGGGGACCACCAGAGGACUUUACUACAGAUGAUGAAGAUCUGACCCCCGCACCGGUGUUUGACACAGAGGUUAACUGGAGCCAGACCUUCCACGUCAACCACCUGGACCUACAGGCACGGCGUUCAGAUUGGAUCGACCUGCGCUGCAAUGUGUCCGGAAACCUGCUGCUCCACUCCAGUGAUGCUCUGCCCAUAGUCGAGGCUUUCAUGGACCAAUUCAAAGAAAAGCACCAGGGGCAGUUCACAUUGGUGCGCGUGGUUAACGUGGUGAAGCGUCUGGACGGAAUGCAGGGCAGCCGCUACCUCCUGGAGCUGGAGCUGAGGGAUGUGAACGGCCAGCUGCUGCGUCUGUCCCAGUACAUCUACGCUUUGUUUCGCCACAGCAGGAAACGCAUCAGGGACUUUGGUUUCCAACAGCAGAAACCUGAGCUGGUGCUGUGUAACCCUGUGGGCUUCCGCUGGAAUCCUGCCGCCACCGUCCACUUCAUAGUGCCAGUGAAAAACCAGGCUCGAUGGGUUCAGCAGCUGAUUACUGACAUGGAGAAACUCUUCAGAGAAACUGGAGACGCCAACUUCAACCUCAUCAUCACUGACUACAACAGCACUGACAUGGAUGUGAGGAAAGCUCUGCAGAAAUCCUCGCUCCCCAGGUACCAAUACGUGAAACUGAGUGGAAACUUUGAGCGCUCUGCUGGUCUGCAGGCAGGCAUCAACCUUAUCAAUGAUAACCACAGCAUCGUGUUUCUGUGUGAUCUCCACAUUCACUUCCCGUCCUCUAUCAUCGAUACCAUCAGGAAACAUUGUGUGGAGGGAUACAUGGCCUUUGCUCCCAUAGUCAUGAGACUGGACUGCGGGGCUACACCAUUAGAAGCCAGAGGAUACUGGGAGGUGAAUGGCUUUGGCCUACUGGGAAUCUAUAAGUCGGACCUGGAUGCAGUGGGAGGAAUGAACACCAAAGAAUUCACAGACCGCUGGGGAGGAGAAGACUGGGAGCUCCUCGACAGGAUCCUCCAGGCAGGACUGGAGGUGGAGAGGAUCUACUUGAGGAACUUCUCCCACCACUAUCACUCCAAACGUGGCAUGUGGAACCGUCGGAUGUCGCCCAGCCAAAGGUGACCUCGUCACCUGCCGCUGCACCGCGACAUUGCUACAGUUAUAACCACAGAAAUCAGAGCACUUUAAGGCCGAAGCAUGAUUCCUGCUACAUGAUCGAUAUACCUGCUGAGUGACAGAGGGAGUGACACAGGAUGCUGACACACACUGUAUUCAUUCACUCAAGCUUUGCAAUGCAGCAGCUUUACAAAUGGCGACAGUGAAGGUCGUUGCUAAGGAGCUACUACUGAUACAGUUUUUUUCACUGGAUGUACUGUUGGCCACUGAUACGGUAUUGGCUGAUGAGUGCCACUGACUAUAUGAUAUUAUUAUAUAUGAAGAUGAUGCGGUGCCCCAUGUUGCUGACUCAGACCAUGGUGAUCUGCACUACUGGCUGCCAAGACCUGACCUGAUCCAAAGACUAAAUGUAAAUCAGACGACCAAGCACACUCCAAGGACGUAGAAACACAAGUGUCUUGUAUCACAAAGAUCACAAGUCUUGCACACAAGUCUUAACUGGAGAAAAAAAAAAAGUUUUGUUUGUGACAAAAUGAAAUAUCUGUAUUUGACUCCACAUUGUUGUCUAGGGUAAACACAGCCUCAUUCAUCGUGUUGUAAUUUAUAUUUAUUAUAUUGAUGUUUGUAGGAUUUUUGUCAUUUGUGUUAAAUGUUAUUUCUAGGAACAGGCCUUGACAUUUCAGAAAAGUGUACCUCAGUUUGCCUGUUGAGAGCCCUCCCCAGGUUGUUCUCAUCUAUAUUAAAUGUGCCUUCUGCUGUGACUGUUAUUCAGGUACUGAGGUCUGUUUUUACAGGCAAGUCAGGAAAAGCUAUAAACCGGUAAAAGAUGGAUAGUCAGUUUUUUAAAAAUAUGUAUGUUUGUGUUUCCUAGUGUAUCACAUGUCUGCCUAUUCUCUGUACACUGCCUCUUACCAAAGAUAAUAGUUGAAAGUUGAGUACUGCAGAGAAGGCAUAACACAUGGUUCAGUUUUGGUCAUACAACUGAUUGGAGUGUCUGUGAAAGCAUUAAGGGCCGUUUUAGUCAAGAUGUAGUUUUACUGUGACAGCUCAUAUUCUUUUAAUUGAUCCACCCGCUAAAUUUAAUAAUUGUUCCGAUGAAUCUUAAAUUCUGUCUUUUUUGGCUGAGUCUAUGAAGCUUUCGGUGAAAUAUUGUUUUCAUUGGCUCACAGUAAAGUAGAUAGGAAAUGUAGUGGGUGAAGAAUGAUCUUGUGCACUCAUAUUCUUUUGUGUUAUUUAAAACUAAUGGCAGCAUUUUCCGAUUUCUCACAUUCCGCUUCAGCAAACGUGUGGUUUACUCAAUCAUUUUACACUUUGACACUUCACUUUUCAUUUAGGGCAAUGAAUACACAACACAAUUAUGUUCUGAUGCCAGAUUGUUGAUGGUUUUAUGCCAAGAGUUGUUUUGUUUUGUUUUUCUUGUACCAAAGCAGUCUUGCUUAUGUAAUUUGGUUUCAGGGUUGGCCUGGGAUGUUUGAUAGCCUUUAUCCCUCCUCUUUCAUCCCUUCUACUUUUUGGUUUUUAGAAAUACCUCAUCCCUCUCUUAAUGCUGGGAGUAAAUCUCUGCCUUAUUGUAUGGUUCAGGAGUCUCUUCUCUCAGGGACAGAUUUUCUCUAUUUGACACUGCCUUGACAAAUCUAAGGAAUAAAUUUCUCUGAAAAAGAUA